GAGAGAGAGAGAGAGCGAGCAACCACCAAAAUUUCCAAGAGCUUGAGAGAGAGAGAGAGAGAGAGAGAGAGUGAGGAAACAGCCGACAGAUCGGAUCCCGAAACCCUCGCUUUCUCUCUCCGAAACAUCUCAGAUCCAAAUCGAGAGGGUCUGCGGUUACUCGAUCGGCGCAUUUUAGUAACGUACGCGUAGAAUGCAGGUUCGGCUGAGGAGCUUUUGAUGGGCGAUUUCUGCAAAACGACACAAUUUUAGUUCAUAAUCCGCAAAGUUCGAGGAAAAGAUAGAUCUUUCCCCCCCUUGGGAUAAAAUGUCAGUUUGCCAUGUUGAAGGUAUUGAAGGGAGGUUGGCUACUCUGGAAGAGAGAAAAGAGAGGAGAUCGGAUGUGGACAAUUCAGAGGAUGAGAGAAGAAGAAGAAACUGGUCCUUAAAGAAGAAAGCACUGAAAGCUUCUAAUAAGCUGACCCAUUCUCUUAAGAAAAGGGGGAAGAGGAAACUUGACAUUAGAACAUCUUCGGUUUCGAUAGAGGAUCUAAGGGAUGCAGGGGAGGAGAGAGAAGUCCAUGCUUUCCGGCAAGAGCUCAUCGCUAGAGAUUUGUUGCCGGACAAGCAUGAUGACUAUCAUAUGUUACUCAGGUUUUUGAAAGCUAGGAAAUUUGAUAGCGAGAAGGCAAUCCAAAUGUGGGAUGAGAUGAUUCACUGGAGACAGGAAUUUGGGGCAGACACCAUACUGGAGGAUUUUGAGUUUGGGGAACUAGAAGAAGUACUGCGCUAUUACCCUCAAGGAUACCAUGGAGUUGACAAAGAGGGGAGACCAGUCUAUAUCGAAAGGCUUGGGAAAGCUGAACCAAAUAAGCUAAUGCACAUUACUACUAUAGAACGCUAUAUAAAGUAUCAUGUACAGGAAUUUGAGAAAUCCAUUCAUGAAAAAUUUCCAGCAUGUUCUAUUGCAGCCAAAAGACACAUUGAUUCCUCCACUACAAUAUUAGAUGUUCAUGGGAUUGGUUUCAAAAAUUUCAGCAAGACAGCAAGAGACCUCUUGCUGAAUAUGCAGAAAAUAGAUGGUGAUUACUAUCCUGAGACUCUACAUCAGAUGUUUAUUGUUAAUGCUGGUAAUGGUUUCAAGCUUCUUUGGAACACUGUGAGGGGUUUUCUUGACCCUAAAACUGCUGCAAAGAUACAUGUGCUCGGGACCAAAUUUCAGAGUAGAUUACUUGAAGCGAUUGAUGCAAGCCAACUACCAGACUUCCUUGGUGGCUCCUGCACAUGCCCUGGUGAGGGAGGAUGUCUUAGCUCUAAUAAAGGACCAUGGAAUGACCCUUAUAUUAUGAAGCUUGUGAGAAACACUGAAGCAACAUUUAUAAGGCCUAUAACACGGACGCCAGACGGAGAACUCAGGAGUGGAAAUUAUACUAGAAUAUACCCUUUGAAGGGAAGAAGCAGUGAUACAUCAACAGCUGAAUCAGGGUCGGACAUGGAUGAUCUCGGUUCUCCUCUUAUAACUAGGACUUCUGAAUAUGCUCAUUUAGCUCCAGUUCAUGAAGAAGUCAGAGCAAGUGAUUCCACAGCUUAUUACAGUUGUGAUGACCGCUUUGUUGUGGUUGAUAAAGCUGUAGACUUUGGUACAAGGGGAGCAGGAGCAGGAUCUUCUGUGAAGACACCCACGAAGAUGAAGAAGCAGACAAAUCCAUUCACCAACACGGCGUCACAUUCACUAGGAAUGACAAUGGAGAGGCACAUAACCACCCAGGAUGAUUCAGAUGGAAGGACUUCAAGUUUCUUUGCAAUGUUGGUGAACCUGUUGUUUCUUCUCUUGUGCAAAGUGCUUGGUCUCUUUCAGAUGUCAAAUUGUGGGAAAGAGACAAGGUUGGAAGAAAUCCUUCCUUUAGAUACACGAAACCCUAUUCCUGACCCUGUUCCCAUUUCUAGCAUGGAAACUAUCACGGAAGCCCACAUACAUCCUUGUCUAGAGCGCCUUCAAAGGCUUGAGAUGCUGUGCAAUGAGAUCAGAAACAAGCCUGCAGAGAUCCCUCUGGAGAAAGAGCAUAUGCUCCUGAACUCAUGGGAUAGGAUAAAAAUUAUGGAGAUUGAUCUUGAGAAGACAAAAAAGGUGUUGCAUUCUACAAUAGUGAAGCAGAUGGAAAUUGCAGAUUCAUUGGAAGCAGUGCACUUUUCCAAUAUGCAGAGGAGGAGAUGUUGCUGAAAUCAAGCACGGUGAUGAAGGCUGCAGUUGGCAAAGAAGCAUAAAUCCCAAGAUACAUGAUGAAGCUGACAAAUGUUCGAUGGAUGACUGUUUAAGUGAGGAGCUAUAUGGAUGUACUUCUUUUUCCCUUUUGCUUCAAAAGUUAUGUUUUCUUGCAAUGUCCUUUUAUGCAAACCCAGCCCCCCAAACCACACAAAAAGAACAACAAUAACAACCACCACCCCAGUAGCAACAACAAGAAAGAAAGGGGAAUAAAAAAGUGAAAAAGUACAAAAAAAAAAACGAUGAAGGGAAAAACAAUUUCAUGCACGGUUUUAGCAAACGAAAAAUGAAUAUAGCGGCAGAGAAAGGAAGGAGUGACGAUUAAGUUCAGCUGAUUGAUUCAGCAAUACAUGUCGAUCUUAUGUUUAUUGAACUUAAAAAGGAAAUUGCUCAUGUUUUUUUUUUUUUUUUCAUUUUCUUUUAUUCACUUGUCAUUUCUUGUUGAGGGUUAGAGGUUUGACGUGUCACAAAUGCUCUGGAGCUAGGGCUGAUAUGUAAAUACAAACUUUACAGUAGAUCCCCGUACUAAUCCAUCUGUUUCGGUUUUGCGUGCAAGUGUAGAAGUUUGUGGAUAACUUGAUAUGUUAAUAUCUACUAUUGAUUGUUGAAUUGGUUUAA